GAAUGAGGAGCUUGUCCUGACUCCUGAGGAUCUCUCUCUCUAUCUAUACCUGCCUGUCCUCUUCUGCUCUGGCAACCUUUAUUACAGUUUGGUCUUUUUGCUGAGAGAUUCAAAUUCGGAUACACUCCUCAACGGUAAAAUAUGGGAGGGGAUACAAGGCAAGGAAACAAGGAAAAUACCAUACCAUCCCCCUAUCCCUAUUCCCUAUUAUUACUUGUUUUAUUUUAUUACUAGUAUUUUCCUAUUCUUGCAGCAAUCCUCCUGUCUUCUUCUUCUUCUUCUUCCUUCUUGUUGAGGUUGAGAGGGGUGCGCAGUGUAGUGUAGUGGGGAUCAGCUCUGCUCUCCCUCAUCUCGUCUCAUCAAUUCAUACUCACUCAGUCUGAGUCUCCACGUGAGAUGAGAUGAGAUCUGUAUCUUAUUAUCAUUACCAUUAUUAUUAUUAUUAUUAUUAUUUUACAUAUUUCUCUCUCUUUUCCCUUACUUACGUAUAGAUGCAGAUAUAGAUCUUACCACUACUGUCAUCGAUCUUCUCGUUUCCCCCCAAUAUUCUCAAUCUCACCGUGCCCUCGCCGCCGCCGCCGCCUCAUUCUCGACUUCGAUUUGUGGGCCUAUCCCACCAAAUCAACCAAUCUCAUCUAUGUACUAACCACCCAUCCGUCCGAGAAACACGCAUCCUGGAUAGAUCUUAGAAGUCCAAUUUCAACCACUUUGCCUGCUUCCUUCCCCGGCCUUCUAUGGGCUCUUCGCAAUCUGCUCGAGUCCCUUCCGAAGAUGACCACCUGGAAGCCGAAGACGACGAAGAAGGUGAAGAAGAAGAAGAAGUAGAAGAAGAUGGCGAUGAUAUUGUGGAGGCUCGGCACAAUAUCGACGCCACCGAUCACGCGCGCGUUAAGAAAAUUCUUCAGCAGGAGCCUGAAAUGCUGCCGUGCCACGCCUCCGCCUCACCGCUCUCCCCUCAGCUCUCCACUUACAGCACCCCGCGCAUGGGCCCUUCCAUCAAGGUCUGGGACCCUUACAAUGUCCUCGCCCCACCUCCGCACUUCCACCGCUCCCUCUCAGCUUCCUCUGCGCCUGCCGCUGCCCCAGCCCCAGCCCCAGGCGACGACGAUACUGAGGUUUACUUGAUUAGCCACGGCGAGUGCCAUAUGAAUUUGAGGCCUGAUUUGAUCGGUGGCCGCUGCCACGAUGCUGCGCUGACUCCCAAUGGGAAACGCCAGGCUCGAGCGCUUGCGGUGUUUUUGAAGUCUCAGGGAGUCAGGUUCAAUGCUGUUUACACCUCCCCUUUGGAUCGUGUUCGCGCCACCGCUCAAGCUGUAUGCCAGGAAUUGAAUUUCUCAGAGGAACAUAUACAAUCUGCAGAUGCCCUUGUGGAGAUGAGCCAAGGGCACUGGGAAGGAUGCCAUAGGUCAGAAAUUUUAACGCCUGACAUGAUGUGUUUAAUGGAGAAUUUUCAGCCUGAUUUUUCUGCACCAUCUGGAGAAUCGCUGAGGGAGGUAGAGUUCCGGAUGGUACAGUUCUUGCACGGUACGGUCAUGGCGUUUCCACACAAACUUAGAUCUGAUUUCUCUCCGCCAGAUCCUAGCGACAACCCGGCAGUUUUUCCAAAUCGCACUUCUCAUGGUCUUGACAAUUUGAUUCAUGACCAAGAUGGAAUACCAUCCCACUGGGAGUUACUACAGCAACAUAGGAACCGGCAAGGGCAAGGGCAAGGGCAAGGGCUUUUGCGGAAGAAGUCUGGUAAAAGUAGACUCCAGAUAGUGACAAGCACUGGAGAUCAUGAGGCGGCUGAUGAUGGAAUGUCUCCACGGCUGCACAAUAACCCGGGGGAGUUAGUUGGCAGCAUAAGUUUACACAUGAGAAGCAUGUCAUCAUCAUCUUCUUCUUCUUCUUCUUGUGUCGGGGUCUUCACCCAUACAACACCAAUUAAAUGUCUGGUGACUGGCCUCCUAGGAUGCAGUCCGGCAAUGUCUCAGAAGAUCUGCAUAGAAGAUUCUUCGGUCACUGUGCUCCAGCAUUCAUGGAAAGUGGGCUGGCAAAUAAAGAGGCUGAACGAUACGUCGCAUCUCAGGCUCCUUUAGCAGCAUUAUUAUCAUGUUGCACUUGCACUUGCACUUGCUUGCUGUACCCAUUGAGUUAUGAUCUACAAUAUGUUAUAUGGAGGAGGGGCUAGACAUCUGAUCUGGCUUGGUCUUGACUCCAUCUCCAAUUUGGGAGGAUAUUGUUUAAAUUGUUGUGGGAUCCGAUCCAGUUUUGCCAUAUUUGAAAUAGUAAUAUGAAGGUGGUGGUGAUUCUUUCUUU